CCUAUAUAUACACACACAUAUACACAGAGUGUAUCAAACAAACUUAAAACGUAAAUUAUUUUCUAAUAUAAUUUUUAUUUUCUGAAGAUGAAUUCCGCUCAGCCUGCAGAAGUUUAUCCUCCACCCUCCACCGCGCCACCCAGUUAUGCAGCUCCGCCGCCGGCGGGGUAUCCGGUAAGAUACGGCGGAGACGUCUCUCCACCUGCUCCUGUUCCUGCUCCGGCUGUGACCAAGUCUAGAGGCAUGGCCGAGGGCUGUUUGGAAGGCUGUUGUGCGGGGUUGUGCUGUUGCUGUGCAUUGGAAACAUGCUUCUAGUCACGUGAAGGAAUCAAAGAUGCGAUGGCUCUCAAGUCCCAACCUAAGUUUUUAAUUUUUUUUUUUUUUUUUUUUUUGGUGAACUCUUGGAUUAUUAGUUGUAAUAAUAAAUUGGGUGUUGAAGACUACAAGGCUGCUUAUGAAACUAUAUUCACUGUGUUUUUAUUCUUUUA